AUGACGCAAAUACAACAUGGCAGGCGCCUUCUGCCUUCUCUCGUCGACGAAAUCGCCGUAUCUGAUCCAGACCGAGUCUUUUACUCUGUGACAAAGACCAACAAUCCCGCCGACGGAUUUCAAGACAUCAACGCCAAAACCUUUGCCCGGGCCGUUAACAGAUGCGCCUGGUAUAUCGGGAAACACCUCGGACGUGGCCAAGACUUUCCAACACUGGCAUUCAUCGGUCCCCAAGAUGUCGUAUAUGCCAUCCUCACGCUCGCCUGUGUCAAGACGGGCUACAAGCUUCAUCUGCUUUCGCCGCGAAACCCUCUCGAAGCAAGUCUGUUCCUUCUAGAGGAGACCGAUUGCAAGACUUUCCUGGCCCCUCCGAAGUUUCCUUUGCCUAUCGUGGGACAACUCAUUCAGACACGUCGUAUGAAUGUCCUGGAAAUGCCCGCAUUGCAGCAUUGGCUAGAAGACGGGCCCGUGGAGCUGUACCCUUUCACCAAGACCUUUGAGGAGGCGAGAUCAGAGCCGUUCGUUGUUUUGCACACUUCUGGCUCAACCGGCAUGCCCAAGCCUCUGGUUCAAACACACGGAACACUCGCGACAUUGGAUGCAUGCACACAACUGCCAUCUCUAGGCUUUCCAAACACGUAUCCCUCCAUGUGCGCUGGAUCUCGCGUCUACCUGGCCUUUCCCCUUUGCCACUGCGCCGGUAUCUGGAUGCUUCUCCCCGGGUGCAUCUAUGCUGGCUUCACGGUGGUUCUCGGGCCAUUCCCUCUUUCCGCGGAGACUGCCAAUGCGAUCCAUGUCCACGGCAACGUGCAGCAAAGCGCCCACGCGCCCUUCAUACUAAGCGAUCUCGCAAAGAACCCCACGUAUCUAGAUAACCUCAGUCGUUUGGAUCAAGUUACUUUUGGAGGAGGAUCCCUCCCCAAGGCAGUAGGGGACGCCAUUACCGCCAAAACAAAGCUGCUUAACUGUCUUGGAACGACCGAAAGCGGUGCCCUUCCCUCUCAUCUCCUCGACAAAGAAGAUUGGCAAUACAUGAGCUACAGCCAUGUCGUCGGCUCAGAGUUUCGUCAAAUCUCGGAAGACCUAUACGAGCACUUCAUCGUCAAGGACCCAAAGCUCGACCUGUACCAGGCCUUCUUUCAGACAUUCCCCGAGCUGGACGAGUGGCCUAUGAAGGACCUCUACGCAAAACACCCGAAAAAGGAGAAUCUUUGGCUAUAUCGGGGACGUACUGACGAUGUCAUUGUGUUCUCUAGUGGAGCCAACUUGAACCCGAUUGAGAUGGAGAGCAUCAUUGAUUCCAACCCUGCUGUCAGCGCGGCAUUGGUCAUUGGCACUGGGUACCCUCGAUCAGGUCUGCUGGUCGAAGCUGUCAAUCCCCCGAAAAACGAAGAGGAACGGAAGAGUUUGGUUGAUACAAUCUGGCCGUCAGUUGAAGCUGCAAACAAGCCGAUUUCUCUGAGCCGCAGGAUUCACCACGACAUGAUCAUCUUUACAUCCGCUGACAAGCCUAUGCUAAGAGCAGGCAAAGGAACUGUCCAGCGCAAGCUGACGGUAGAUGAGCAUGCAUCCGAAAUUGAGGCCCUCUACAAGGCUACGGAGUCACUGGGCGUUGGGUUCACCUCCGACUGGGUUCGUGAAGGGCACUAA